AUCCCGAUGUAUAAGUACCUACUUCCGGUCAUUGUGCUACUGACCUUCGUCACCAACUUGUUCGUCUGUGUGGUUCUCACCACAAAGCAGAUGCGGAACCCGACGAACAUGCUGCUCGUCGCAAUGGCUAUUUCGGAUACUUUAACAGGAUUAAUACCAGCCCCAAUCUCAAUCUACUUAUAUACGAUGGAAUAUCAUAAAGAUUACGUCCCAUACAACCUCUGCUAUUGUAAGGAAAUGACUGAGACUCAUCUGCCUACAGUUUUCCACACGGCUUCAAUCUGGUUGAUAGUGGUGUUGUCCCUGCAGAGGUACAUAUGCGUCUGCCAUCAUCAGCUCGCCAUCAGAAUCUGCACAAUGAAAAACUGCAGAAGGGUCAUUGUUGGCAUAUACAUUUGCGCUUUCCUCUCUCAAGUCUUGAGGUUAGUUCAUCAUCAUUAUCAUCAUCAUUAUCAUUAUCAUUAUCAACAACAUCAUCAUUGGCAGCGUCAUCUUUAUAACGUUUCUUUGGUGCUGGGCCUCUAUUGGUGGUUUCGAGUGGUCACUGUCAACUUCAUACCCUGCACCCUCCUCACAAUCCUCAACGCUCUUCUGUUUUUAGCUAUGAAAAAAGCGCAAAAAAGGCGCGAAAUUCUCUUCAAACAAAACAGGCGAACCGAAUCAAAGCGCCUAGCUGAAAAUAACUUAGCUACGCUGAUGCUAUUUACAGUGGUGGGCGUCUUUCUAGCUGUCGAGUUUCCCUUAGUUGUUCUAAUGGCUACUCUGAUCUAUGAAAACACAGCUAAUGAGGAUUUGAUAGCUACAGAAACCAGAUCCAUAGCUGCUUCGCUGAUAAAUCUGCUGAUUCUGCUGAGCUAUCCGGUCAAUUUUUUCAUCUAUUGCGGCAUGAGCAAGCAGUUCAGAGAGACGUUUGUGAAAUUGUUUCUCAGCGGC